AUGUCGAUGACGGAACUCCAACACCACUUCAACAACGUCAUCCAUAACCUCGCGCAUCCACCUCAGCCUCCUUCGCCUACAUGCCACUACUCCACACACGACACAGACCCCGCUGUACGCGCUGUAGAAGGCAGAAGAGCCGCUAUUUCCGCAAAGGCCAAGACCCCCGCCGAGUACAUCACCACCAUCAGCAGGAGAGGGGAGCGCCGCCGGAGAGGUGAGACGUUAUGA